AUGAAGUCGAUUGUAUUGGUGAGCGCUCUGGCAGCUGCCGGCCUUCUUGUGGGCUCCGCAAGCGGACACCCUCUCAACCACAAGCGCAAGCUCGUCACAGAGAUUCUUUAUGUUACCGAGACAGUUGCCGACGUUUACGUCUAUGUCGACGGUGAUGGCAUGCCCUACUCGACCUCGACUUCGGAGAGGGCCACUAGUGCGACUAUCGCUUCAGUGAUUCCCUCGACUACAGUGGAGACUGUAGUAUCUACACCUGAUGUAUCAGCGGCUCCUCCAUCAACUCCCUCGUCGACUUGGGUCGCUACACCAGAACCCACCCCCUCGCCAACGUCGUUAGCGCAGCCCAGUCCCCCGCCUGUGACAUCUUCAGCGGAGCCUACUGUAGUAGGUGCCCAAGAUACUUCAACUACGCCGAUUCCGACCUCUACCCCAGCAGAGACUUCCUCCGUAGUACCCGCUCCGUCCCAGGAACCCAAGCCCUCGCCGCCUGCUGAUGUUCCUGCCAACACUGCCGACGCUGGUACCCUGCCUUUGGGUAUCACUUGGGAUGCAUACGAUGGCUCUGCCAAAUGCUUGUCCGGCGCCGAUGUUGCUAGUCAGUUCAGUAAAAUGAAGGACUACAAGGUUGUGCGCAUAUAUGGCAUGGAUUGCAACCAAAUCGCUAAUGCUAUUCAAAAUGCUCUCAAAAACGGACAAAAGAUCAUGGGCGGUGUAUACCUGGACCCCACAGGUGGCGGCGAAGAUCUAACCCAGGUCAUUCAGGCUUACAAGAGUGCCAUUGACAAGUACGCUGGCGGCAACUGGGACAUCAUUCAACUCUUUUCAGUAGAGAACGAGCGCGUAAACGAGCAGAGGAUGUCGGCUGAACAGGUCGUCCAAGCAAUUGGUAGCGCCCGUAGUCAGCUCCGAGGUCUCGGUUACAAAGGCCCUGUCGGUGCUGUCGAGACUGCCCCAGCCCUGAUCGCCAACCCUUCCAUCUGCAACGCUGCCGACGUUGUCACAGCCAACAUCCACGCCUUCUUCGACAGCAACACAAAACCCCAGGACGCCGGAAAAUUUGUCAAGGGUCAGGUUCAGCGCGUCAAGGAUGCCUGCAACAACAAGCGCGUCGUCGUGACGGAAUCUGGCUGGCCUCAUCAGGGCAACGCAAAUGGUGCGGCUGUGCCAUCUUCCGAGAAUCAACGUGCAGCUCUUGCUUCGAUCCGUCAAGCCUUCAGCGGUGACUUGUUCUUCUUCAGCGCCUUCGACUCGGCCUGGAAGUCGGACACUGCGUUUACCUUCAACGCUGAGCGUUUCUGGGGCAUGAUCAGGUAA